AUGUUGCCAAGGUUUCCAAAUGACACCAGGACAAUUAAAGUUAACCUUAAGAGAAGAUUGCAAUACAAGAGUUCAGCUUUAUCACUAAAUGUCAGACCAAAUAAAGUAGCAGAAGCUGCCAAAUGGCUUGUAAAUAAUGGUAACCUGUAUAAAGAUGAAGGUAUAACUUUCAAUGACACUUGGCUUGAAGAUAAUUCAAACACUCAUAUCCUAUUUGAUGAUAGUGACAAAGAUCAAACUUCAGAGGGUUUAGAAAAUGUUCUGGACUGUAAUGCAGAAAGCUUGAAUUGUGAUACAGAAUGUAAAACCCAGCAAUCAUCAGCAUGUGAUGAUGAUGAACACUGGAGUGAAGACGAGGCAGAAAUACCUGCUGGAAUCACUGACACUUUGUUAACAUCUCCAGAUUUUGUCACUGAUAAUGAACGUCAGCAUAUUUUAAACGUUGCUCCUGGUGAGGGAAAUAAGUCCUAUGAGUAUAUUUAG